GGGAUUCAUUGCUGAAGAUGGGAAGGAUAAGGCCCUGCCAUUACCAUAGUGUCUUUUGCAGACAGAUCAGCGAGCGCCACUGCUGGACUCCCAAGAACACUCUCUCCAGCCCUCUUGGAACAUGAAUCUUGCAUAAUAUACAAAGUUUGGAUGGAGGGGUUGAAACGAGACUACCUUAAAGGGGGGCAAGUUCACUUCAGGCUCUGCCUCUCUCUCCAUCUCUGAAUGGUGUGUGUAUUCCUUGGUGUGUCUGUGGGCCUGGGGAUGAGUGUCCCCGAAAGGAUUGCAGCAGAGGGUGGGAGUGUUGUGAGGGGGGCCGCAGAGCAGCAGCGCACCCCCUGCCCUGAGGCAGUGGGCCGAAGGAGUUGCACCGGCUCCACGACGCCUGUGUGCGCGCAACAGCGAGGGAAGGGUUAAGUGCGAUUUAACUCCGGCUAUAACUGGUUCCUGGGCGCCCCUCGCCGAUCUCAGAGUCGUGCAAAACCCUCGGAGGCCAGUGAAGGCUCAGGUGGCCGGAGCUUGCCUGGGAGCGGCUCUGUCACCGUUUAUACCACUGAAUCCUGGAGACUCCCAGACCCAGGGGUCGGGAGCGGCAGACCCUGCGGUGCCCGCUCCCCUCCGCCACGCUCUCUGCUGCGGCUGUUUUUCUCUCUCUCUCGCAGCCUGCCGAGGCUCUGGAGAGGAGGAGCCUUCGCUGCAGCGAGUGCAGGGAGCUCCAGCCGGGGCUGUUUACCACAAGAGAAAACAACAAGGGCAGAUCUGCCAGCUGCAGAGCCGGGGCCGAGGCGAAAGCGGAGCGAGAUCGCCGAGACUGCCCCGGCUAAUUGUUCUUCAGCCUUUGCUUGGGCACGGGCUGGACCGAGGAUGCCGGACUGGGGGCAAGCUUUGCUUCUCAGCGCCGCGCUGCUGACUGCAGCGUCCGCCGCCGAAGAGUGUGUCCGUGGCAAUGGAGUUUCCUACCGGGGCAACCAACAGUUCGCGGCGGGCGGCGUCCCCUGCUUGAACUGGCUGGCGGUGCAGAGAAACGCCACCUCCGCGCCGCUUGCAGUCUCCGAGGAUCACAGCAGCUGCCGGAACCCCGACAGCGACGCGGCCCCCUGGUGCUACGUGAGCGGCGCGGCCGGGACCCCGGAGCGGAGCCUCUGCGCCAUCGCCCCCUGCCCAGGUGCUACCUCCUCCACAAAUACUCUGGUCCCUACAGUCGUGGCUGAGGUUUCUCAGGGGAUAGACCAGGUAUUUGAACCAGCUGAUACUUUACCAGCCCGGAGCGAGGCAGCUGCUGUGCAGCCCGUCAUUGGGAUCAGUCAGAGAGUCCGGAUGAACUCCAAGGAAAAGAAGGACUUAGGGACAUUAGGCUCUGUGAUGGCCUUUAUCAUGAUGGUGAUAAUCAUUGCCAUUGGAGCUGGCAUUGUUGUGGGCUACAUCUACAAAAGGGGCAAAGACUUGAAGGAGCAGCACGAGCAGAAGGUUUAUGAGCGAGAAAUGCAGCGCAUCACCCUUCCACUUUCUGCCUUCACUAACCAGGCCUGUGAGCUUGUGGAUGAAAACACGAUAGUGGUGCACACCAACCAGACCCCUGUAGAGGAGGCCCAUGAUGGCAAUGCACCUCUCAUGGGCCAGGCAGGUACUCCUGGUGCCUGAAGAGCUAGGGCCAGGAGGGCACAGGUUGAAACGAUUGAGGCGAAGACCCUAGGCUCUUGUUUUGGGAGCGAGGGUUCAUUUGUAUUUUUUUGUUGAUGAAUUCCAGCAAGCGACAGGACUUGGAGAUGCACUGAAAUGGCGGCUGUUCAGUGUAGUCCAGAACAGUGACGUUUCAUUGUGUGGCUAGCAGGACUUGUUUCACUUGGGGACUGGUGCAGUUGCAGCCUCAGGCAAUUCCUCUCAUCUCCAGGGAUUACUGCAGCAGGAGAGGGGGAGUGGUUUCCCAAGCUGGCACUGUGCCACGCUGGCCUAGCCGCCCAUAUUUCAGAGUGGGAACUCUCCGCAUCCUUUUUUCUGUUCUCUUCCCUUUUGAACAGUGCAGCAUCACUUGCAUUUGAGCCUGUGAUCUGACACUGCAUCAGUAGCACUGGGACUGGUGGGAGCUUUAUCGCAGGGUUAUAUAGAGACUUUGAAUGUAGUUUUACAUUUUAUUUUAGAAGGAAAAAAGCUUGAGAAAAAGCUGUCCUGUGCAAAUUUCUUUUAGAGAAGGGCAGGCGUCAACUGAGAACCAUCAGUAUGUGCAAGUGAAGAGCUUGGCUUCAGCUGGGAGACAGAAGGUUUUGGUUGAAGGGGAGGGAGAUGUUUAACCCCAAUGCAUUGCUUAAGAGAUCUUAAGAUGCUCAUAAAGCAAAGUCUUCCAGUGCCCAGGACACAUUCCCACUCUCCUUGGCUGGUACAACAGGGGCCUGGUUCCAAAGCAGCUACAUAGGCUGUGUGCUAGGGCAGGAGAGGAGCAGAAGUAUUUCAAAAGUGGAGGGAAAAUAGAAAACCCCUCAGUCAGCUUCAGGGAGAGUGGCCAUGUACUCUGUGCUGCUUAAAGGGAUAGUAGCCAUUUCUGAAUUCCUUUCAGACUUCCCCCAGGAAUGUGUAUUUCCAGCAAACAAGAGUUUAAGCCAGUCCUAGGGUGAAGGCAACUGGAGAGCACUUGAGCGAAGGACAAGCCAGCUGCCUUGCUGCAGGCACAUCAAGGCCUUGUGCAUCCUGUUCUGUGUCCCUUGCACAGGCUGCAGGAGAGGUCAUGCUGCAGGGGCUGUUUAUCUAAACUGACCCCUUCAGAUGAAGGUUUUAGGGCAAGUGUGUCAGCAAGAACCACUUGUUUCUCAGAGUGAGGUAGUUCAUCAUCUGUGUAGGACUAAGAGAGGGGGAUGUGCACUUCUCUGAAUGAGUAGGGUUCAAGCCAUCCAAAUAAGCUUUUCUACCCAUCUACUUUAAGGGGACUCACUGAGCAGAGAUUAAGUGUUGAUGUUUAUAGGGGUCAGAAAAGGGAUUUUUUUUUUUAAAGUCUUUGAAUACCAUUUCUUUGUAAAUAUUUUAAAUACCUCAUUAUAAUAAAGAUACAGACUAUGCUGCCUUGUAUUAAAAGCUUAAAAAGGAAAAUAAAAGGUUCUGUGGAAA